AUGUCGCUCGCAUUAGGGAAGCGCAAGCGCACAGUGACAUCCAAGUCGACACUACCGUCCAAGAAAGCCACAAUUGCGAAAGCAGCACCACCGCCUCCAGCACCAGAACCAGAAUCGGAUGCCGAAGAUAGAGAAGCGCUGAAUGAUGCAUUCCGUCGCGCUUUCGAGAAGCGAUUCAAGGCCAUAGAAGAAGACAAACCAGUAGAAGUCGAAGUUGAAGAGGAGGAUGACGAGGAAGAUGAGGAUGAAGCCUGGGAUGGUAUCUCGGAAGAGGAAGAAGAUGACGAAGACGAGGUUGAAGUGGUUGAGCACAACAUGUCCAACUUUUCGCGCGACCGAGCAGACAAAGCCGCAUUGAAAGCGUUUAUGUCCUCCAAGCCACCCACCUCCUCAGACACACCCAACACAUCUAAGCAACCCACAAAGAAGAAAGACGAAGACACCGAAGGCGAUACAGAACAAGACGACCUAAAGAACGACCUCGCCCUACAACGUCUGCUCAAAGAAUCCCAUCUCCUAGACGCUUCAUCUCUCUCCACCGAUCCUUCUGGCAAGAACCGCCAUAAAGCCACUGAUCUCCGUCUCCUCGAACUCGGCUCCAAGACUUCUAUCUUUGCGCAAAAAGAUAUGCCCAGACAUCACAGAGUGGGCAUUCAGAAGAAGAAGGAAAACAAGGAGAUUGAGAGGAGGCGAGAGGCCAAGGAGAAUGGUAUCAUUCUUGAAAGAGUUAGAAAGGAAGGAACAGAUGGCAAGGGAGGUGGAUUCGGAGGUGGUAAUAAGAGGGAAAGAGGUAUUGGAAAUCCAAGCGUGGGUAGAUUCAGCGGUGGUACGCUGAAGCUGAGUAAGAGAGAUGUAGCGGGCAUUACUGGACCAAAGAGCAGCGGGAGAGGCGGCAAGGGAGGUCGGGGCAGAGGUGGUGGUAGGGGAGGAAGAGGAGGCAGGAGAUAG